GCGGGAUACUCCGAAUCCGAAAGGAAUAAGUUCCCGCCGAGGCCGUGCCUGGGAGCUGAAUCGGAUCCGUGUUUGGGAAGGCUUCUGAGGAUUUGGGAGUUGGAAGGAAAAGAAAGCUUUCCCAGUCGGUUGAAGAGGCUUUUAAAGGCUUAACGCCGCGUCCAGUCGACGAACGCCCCUGGAAGUCGGGGGGUCGAUCGUGGAGCCGUUCGGACCGGAGUCCGCAGCCUUCCAUCUUCAACUUGACCAUGGAGCCGGCCUCCGCCACUGUGACUGGGGUCAUUCAGGACCCCAAGACGAGGAAACGAGUUUGGCCAGGGAUUGCGAGUUCCUUCAAUGGCGCCCUGUCGACUGUGCCCGUCCACGAGCUGGGUUCCACUGCUAUCAAAGAAGUCCUAAAGAGGGCCCGCAUCAGCCCCGAUGAGGUGUCCGAAGUCAUAUUUGGACACGUUUUGGCAGCAGGCUGCGGCCAGAACCCGGCGCGGCAGGCCAGCGUGGCGGCCGGCCUGCCCUACGCCGUGCCCGCCUGGACCUGCCAGAUGAUCUGCGGGUCGGGCCUCAAGGCCGUGUGCCUCGGGGCCCAGGCCCUGGCCCUGGGAGACGCCAGCGUCGUGGUGGCCGGAGGCAUGGAGAACAUGAGCAAGGCUCCUCACUUGGUCCACAUGAGAGUCGGCGUGAAGAUGGGGGAGACGCCUCUAAGAGACAGCGUCCUCUGUGAUGGCCUCACCGACGCCUUCUGCAACUACCACAUGGGAGUGACGGCCGAAAACGUGGCCCAGAAAUGGCAAAUCACCAGAGAGGAGCAAGACCGGCUCGCCGUGGAAUCCCAGAACCGGACGGAGGCCGCCCAGAAAGCCGGAUAUUUUGACAAAGAAAUCGUCCCUACUCUGGUGACGGCCAGGAAAGGUCCCGUGGAGGUGAAGGUGGACGAGUUCCCCCGCCACGGGAGCACCGCCGAAACCGUGUCCAAGCUGAAGCCCUACUUCCUGACGGACGGAACCGGCACCGUGACGCCGGCCAACGCCUCCGGGCUCAACGACGGCGCGGCGGCGGUGGUCCUCGUCCGGAGGUCGGAAGCGGAGCGGCGAGGUCUGGACCCCCUGGCCCGCGUGGUCGCCUGGGCCCAAGCGGGCGUCGAGCCCUCCGUCAUGGGCGCCGGGCCCAUCCCCGCCAUCAGGCAAGCCGUUGCUAAAGCCGGCUGGACCCUAGAUGACGUCGAUCUGUUUGAAAUUAACGAAGCCUUCGCCUCAGUUGCAGCAGCGAUAAGGAAGGACCUGGGCUUGAACCCCGAGAAGGUCAACGUCCAAGGGGGAGCGAUAGCCCUGGGCCACCCCCUGGGAGCGUCCGGUUGCCGCAUCCUGGUCACCCUGCUCUACGCCCUGGAGCGGACCGGCGGGAAGCGUGGCGUGGCGGCCCUGUGCGUCGGAGGAGGAAUGGGCAUAGCCGUGUGUGUCGAAAGAUAAAGCCGAUGGCUUUUUCUUUUAGUUAUUCCCCCAUCUGUACCCGGUCGUGAAUGGUGAUUAAGAUGGGGGAGACCUCACAUCCCUUAAGUAACCAUUCCAGGGGACCCCCCCCCACCCCCCGCCCCGCCCCAACCGCAAAAUAACGGUGAAGAACCCGAUUUUUUACCGGCUUGUUUUAUUGUCAGACAGAAGUGCCGGAUCAAGCCCGCGCGGGCCGUGACCCUGUCAUAAAUAAAAAAGGCACCGCGUCAGUCUUCGAUG